ACGCUGAGGAAUGUUCUUUAGUAGCGGCCAUUUUCGUUGUUCCAUACCGGUCUUCCUUCGUGCCCUUUGUCCAACAUCAUCCAUCUGGCGAGCGAACGAUGCGACUUCUACAUACCAAGAAACAAAUGUUAGAAAUGCCUACGGAUGUGGAACCCUAUGCCAUCUUAUCUCACCGAUGGCUCGCCGACCGUGAAGAGACAUCUUUCCAGGACUUGUAACACAUGCAAGUUCCUCCUAGUGAAGACCCGUGUGAUGAUCAUGCGGAGCCUACUUUCCCUUCCAACGUUCAAAACAAAGAAGGCUUCGCGAAAUUACAAGGAGCGUGUGAUUAUGCCUCUCGAGCCGGUCUUGAGUAUAUCUGGAUCGACACUUGCUGCAUUGACAAGACCAGCAGUGCCGAGUUGUCAGAAGCGAUCAAUUCUAUGUAUGCAUGGUAUCAAGACUCCGCUGUGUGCUACGUUUACUUGCACGAUGUCGGUGGCGAUGAAGACCCCCGAGCUGGCUUCGAAGAUGCUGAUUGGUUCCGAAGAGGAUGGACCUUACAAGAGCUAAUCGCUCCAGAUAACGUCUAUUUCUUUAACAAGUACUGGAUUAAGAUCGGGAGCAAGGCGACAUUUGUGGAUAUCCUGGAGAAAAUCACUCGCAUCCGCCAAGAUAUUCUGCUGGGUAUACCAUGCAAACCCAGUAUCGCGGAGAAGAUGUCAUGGGCUGCAGGACGAAAGACGCAGAAAAUAGAAGACAGAGCUUAUUCUCUGAUGGGGUUAUUUGGCAUCCACAUGCCUAUCAUUUACGGAGAAGGAGAGAAGGCUUUUAGGCGCCUGCAACUCAAGAUCAUGAAAUCAUCGGAUGAUCAAACCAUUUUCGCCUGGAAAGAUUCACUAGACUAUCCUCAUCCUGACAGGACUCGCGGAUUGUUGGCAUCUGCACCUGACGUUUUCCUGCGGGGUUCUCCGAUCGUCCCCAUCGAUGACUCCGAUUUGAUCGACAGUCUUCACACUGCAAGGAGUCCUAACCCCUUUCAUAACCUGCCGCGUGGUUAUUCCAUUUUGAAUGACGGCAUUCGCAUAACUCUUCCUAUGAAGGAAGCCGGAGAUGCGUGGCUUGCCGUCCUAAGAUGUAAAGGGAAAGAUCAGAAGUUUCCUUACGGGAUCUACUUAACAAAAAGAGAAAAUUGCGAUGGUUUCCUUCGGACUUUGCCCACAAAACUUCAAGUACUCGAUUCCGAAGAUCUCAAGGACCUCGCCCCGCAAACAAUACGUAUUGUGGUCGACCAUCAUAUACUACCAACCAUUAAACGCCGACAAUUCCUCACUCUCCAGUCUACAGAUCCCGUCUGGAAGCACUGCGGCUACUAUGUAUGCCGUACGCCGGGAAGUAGCCAUGAUGUGGGUCAGGGGGGUGGCUACCAAGCUCUUGAUCCCGACACUCGGAUUGAGCUUUCAGAUAACGGCUGAUACCACCGUCCUUGGGUACACCUUCUUACAUAUGAUGACCUAUGCCUACAUGUCGACACUUUGCCACUUCGCCGUCGACCCGUUCCUCCUCCUAUGUCUUCCCCUACUACCCAAUCUAGCAACCGAGCCGAUUCAUUUGUGCUAUCUCGCCCUUCUACCCCCAGAUCUAUUGUUUCUUCUCCUCGUUCACAGUCUCCCUCCUUUACUUCCACCGCACCCGACACCCCACAGAGGCGCUUUUCCACCCCUGUUGCUACCGCCGGAACCAACACCCCACAGAGGCGCUUUUCCACCCCU